GACAUCCAUAUUUAGUAAAUUAGGAUGGAAGCUAUUGACAAAUUAUUAAUUGAAGUCCCUGAAGGGUGAGGUGUUGGAGAAGAUCUGGUUCAACAUCCUUCUUGUAAUUUACCAUUUUGUCAUCCAGGAAGGUUCUUGCACUAAAAUAAUUCAUUGAACAAAACAACAACAUCCCUGCCUUUUCUGCUUGUUCUCUCCUCACUGAUGCCACCAUGUUUGGGAGGAGUUGACUCGAUGGGGAAACCUGAGCUGUUAUUUUUAUCCGAUUAGGUUUUUGUUAAAACCAGAAAAUCAAGGUUAUCAUUUGUAAUAAAUGUUCUAACGGAAAAUGUUUUCCCUGCUAAAUACCUGCCGUUCAAUGAUGCCAACUUGUAAGAUCUAAGGGUGAUAAUGAUAUUGUUUUCCUUGUGUUUUGGGAUAUGUUAUAUGGUUCCUUGAUAGUUUCAUAAAUCAAGGUAUUUAGUUACAUUGAAGUAGAAACAUGGCUAAUAUUAAUAAAACAUGUAAAAAGUAAGAAACUCUCAAAGUAAGAAAAUUAAUGGAAAAAAAAUUAUCCUAAUAACUUAAAUUCUCAAAAACAUACGUAACAUUUAGAUUUAUCAUUUAAAGUCAUCAGGAGGUAAGUUGCUGGAAGAAGAAGCUCGGGGUUAAAAUAUCUUUCAGUGCAGAUUUCCAUCGGUGAGGAGGAGCUGUCAGACAGGUGAGCCACAGGUGGGUGUGUAUAAAUACCUGGUGGUUUUGCUUUGGGAGCAGAUCUGUUGAGAAUCCGUUUGGAGUCAUGGCUUUCAGGCUGAUCGCUGUGGCUGUGCUGCUGCUCUGCACUCAAGAAUGUGUGGCACAGCUAUCUGAUUGUGGUCAACCAGCUCUGAACACCAGGAUUGUUGGAGGACAGGAUGCUAAAGCAGGGUUCUGGCCCUGGCAGGUCAGUCUGCAGACAUCUGCACACUUCUGUGGAGGAUCACUCAUCAACAACCAGUGGGUGCUGACGGCAGCUCACUGUUUUCCAAGUGGCAGCGCAUCUGGUGUGAGCGUGGUUCUGGGUCUUCAGAGUCUGCAGGGAUCCAACCCCAACUCUGUGUCUCGAACAAUAACAACUUUAAUCAAUCAUCCGAGCUACGACUCAGUGACAAAGGAAAACGACAUCGCCCUCCUGCAGCUCUCCUCACCAGUAAACUUCACCAGCUACAUUUCUCCAGUCUGUUUGGCUUCCACUGGCAGCACCUUCUUUAGCGGCAUCAACACCUGGGUCACCGGGUGGGGCAACAUUGCAAGUGGAGUUUCCCUUCCUGCCCCACAAACCCUCCAGGAAGUACAAGUACCGAUUGUGGGGAACAGACAGUGUAAGUGCAACUAUGGAGCCAGCUCCAUCACCGAUAACAUGAUGUGUGCCGGGUUACUUGAAGGAGGCAAAGACUCUUGUCAGGGAGACUCAGGAGGUCCACUGGUGAUUAAGCAGAACAACCGCUGGAUCCAAGCAGGAGUUGUGAGUUUUGGAGUAGGUUGUGCUCAACCUAAUUACCCCGGAGUCUACUCAAGAGUGUCCCAGUACGAGACCUGGAUCAACAAUCAAACCACCACCAAUCAGCCGGGAUUUAUCGUCUUCACCUCAUCAGGAACAGACAGUGAUCUCAGCGUUUCAUGUCCAGGAGUUCCGCCAAUUACUACGACCACAGCUACAAUGACUGCAACAACUUAUGUACCCCCAACAACUUCAACAACCACUAAACCUCAAACUACAACAACUUUUAUACUCCCAACAACUACUACAACAACCACGAAACCUUCAAGUACAACAACUUAUGUACCGCAAACAACAACAACUACAACAACUGGUACACCUCCGACUAAAACAACCUAUGUACCCUCAACAACUACUACAACAACCACCAAACCACAAACAACAACAACAACGUAUGUACCCCAAACAACAACGACAACAACUGGUACACCUCCAACUAAAACAACUUAUGUACCCUCAACAACAACUUCAAACACAGGUAAACCUGCAACUACAACAACUUAUGUACCCUCAACAACAACUUCAAACACAGGUAAACCUGCAACUACAACAACUUAUGUACCCUCAACAAUAUCUACAACAACGUAUGUACCGCAAAUAACAACUGCAACAAGCACUAAGCCUAUAACUACAACUUAUUUAUCCCAAACAACAACUACAACAACUGCCAAAUCUACAUCUACAACAAUUUACGUACCCCAAACUCCAACUCCAACAAGCAUUAAUCCUACAACUACAAAUUAUUUAUCCCAAACAACUACAAUAACUGCUAAACCUACAUCUACAACAACUUACGUACCCCAAACUGCAACGACUACAGAUAAACCUACAACUACGGCAACUUAUGUACCUCGAAUAGCAACUACAACAACCAUAAUUACAACAACCACAACUCCUACUAAACCUACAACCACCACCACAAGUUCAACCACUACGACCAUCAUUACAACAAAAGCGACGACCCAACCACCAACUGCCGCACCCAUAGCUGUGGUUUGUGGACUGGCAAACCUGAACUCCCGAGUUCUUGGUGGAAGUUCAGUAGUAACUGCAGGUCAGUGGCCGUGGAUGGCGAGUCUGCAGAAGAAUGGACAGCACGUGUGUGGAGGGACACUAGUUUCUCUGGAUUCUGUGCUUAGUGAUGCUAACUGCUUCUCGAGUUCUCCUGUGGCGUCUGAGUGGACGGUUGUGUUGGGUCGUCUGAAGCAAAACGGAUCAAACCCUUUUGAGGUGUCCUUGACAGUGAAGAGCAUCACUCUGAGCAACCAGACAGGCUCCAAUGUUGCUGUGCUGCAACUCUCCUCCGCACCCGUCCUGAAUGAUUACAUCCAGCCCAUCUGUCUGGACAAUGGAAGAACUUUUCCUGUGGGAACAACAUGCUGGGCUGCAGGCUGGAGUUCUGGACAGGGAGGAGUGGAGCAACUUAUGCAGGAGUUCCAGACAUCUGUGUUAGACUGUGGGACAAGUUCUACAAGUGACAGCAUUUGCACAGAAAUAUUCACACUGGAGCAGGGUGACUCUGGAGGUCCGCUCAUGUGUAACCUGGAUGGGUCUUGGUACCAAUCGGCUGUGUUGUCAUAUGUAAACGGCACAUCCAGGGCAAAACGGGCUACACCCAUGAUGGUUUUUGAAAAACUGACCAACUUUCAAGACUUCCUUUUGCGCACAGUGGGAACAUUCUUGUCUCCAACCACCACCAGCACAAAUGCCACCAAUACUACAGCAUCUACCAAUUCCACCAACUCUACUUCAACUCCUCUGGCUUCAAACGCUACAGAGGGAACUCCAUUUUCCUUCAGCUUCCACCUCCUCAUCCUCUCUUUGUGUUUUCUAAUCGUCUCACAUAACAGUUGAACUUUUCCAGAAUUACAUGAUGUGAAGUCCUCAAAUUAGUUCAUUUUGUUUCCUGGUUGACUACAUUUUUUGUUGACAUACAAAACUAUGGCCGAAUCAGAGUUCCUCCCCUGUCCCAACGGCUUCUCCCUACCCCUACAUUUAGACCUCAAAAUGGAGAGUAGAGAUGUGCAAAAAGUGGAUAUUAUUAUUGCUUGAUGACAUCAUCAAUAAUCGCUGGUCACCUAGGUUAGCGCGUGACUGCCAGGGCUCAGUAAAAUAAAAAAAGCAAUAUCAGUUUUAUAACUUUAUAAAGAAAUGCAAAAUUAAAAAGCCAUUCCUUACAUUUAAAUGUAAACUUGUGUGCAUCAGAGCACACCCUCAUGAAGAACCGCAUUAGAUCACCCUACAGGCAUAGCCAUAAGUCACUAUGACUCGUCUUUAAAAAAACAAGUUCCCACACCUCUACCGCUCCAGAUGCCCCCACAACAGGGAUGAGCCAGAGAGGCAGGGGGAGGAAUUUGGAGGUGAACAACAGUAUGUCCAUUAAUGUCAAAGAGCCUGUUGUUCUGGUACUGUUGGACCUAACAUCAGCGUUUGACAUGGUGGACCAUACAGACCUGUCUCUACUAGAGCAUCACGUCGGUUUUGUGGUGACUGGUUUAAGUCUUAUUUACCAUGGAGAAGUUUUUCGGUCAGGACUGGUGAGGCAUCCUCAUCUGUGGCUCUUUGGUCCUGUGGGGUACCUCAAGGUUCUAUCCUUGGCCCUGGUCUUUUUUCUCUAUAUCUGCUGCCACUUGGUUCUGUCGUUGAUGGUAACUAAAAGUUUAAUGUAGACUGAACAGAUUUUUAUGUAAAUUUUUAUGACAUCUGUUGUUUUCCAGGAAGAUUUACUCAGUUUCUAAAUUGCAAUACUCUGCAAUCAUUUCUUUAAAUACUGGUAAAAAGAUGUUUUUUACUUUGUGCAAUAUUUUGAUGCUUACAUUGAAUUAAUUCUUCAUAGUAUUAGCAUAUUAAUGUUUUAACAUUUUUCCUGUAAAGAUGAAUAAUUUAUUUCAUAUAUAAAACACAUAUAAUAAAAUAAAAUUGUGACUCUAUGUAUUCAUGAAUACAACUGUUUUAUAUUGUUCCUUUUUUAACAAUAUUCCAUUUGAUUAAGGCUGAAAUUCUUAGACUCGUAUUGAAAACUAGAGUUGAACUGAGAAUUUAAACUGGAAAAGUUGAGGACCAGAGCUGGAGAAUGCUGGUUUGAUUCAAGCUAUGCUGUUCACCUUUUGACACAUCCCAUCAGGGGUCCUCACAUCAAAUCACCUUUCACUGAUUUGCAUAGGCACAUCUUCAUAUUUUAUCCACAAACAUUAAAUAGCAAAACGUUGGGGAAGUAUUAAAUAUUGACUAGUAUGAACUGUUUUCAUUAUUUUGUUUGUGAGUCGAUCCACAAAGCAGCAAAAGUUUGUGGGUGUGGUCAACUUUGUCAAAUUCGCUAUAAUUUUUCAGCGGUCGAGGGCAAUGACCAAAACCCGCACCCCCAGGCUCAGAUGUGAUCCCCUGCUCCAGC